CCGAGAGCCGAGUUCUUGCUGGGGCAGGCUCGCUCUCGCCCUCUCGGGCUUCCCGGCUGAGGCGCGCUCCCCGCGCAGCCGCCACCACGUUAACUUCCCAGAGGUCCGGGGUCUCCUGCGGAGCCAGGAGCCGAACUGGCCGGAUCAUGGAGUUGCUGUCCACCCCACACAGCAUUGAGAUCAACAACAUCACCUGUGACUCAUUCCGGAUCUCCUGGGCCAUGGAUGUUGGAGACUUAAACAGAGUCACUCACUACUUCAUCGACCUGAACAAAAAAGAGAACAAGAACUCCAACAAAUUCAAGCACCGGGAUGUCCCUACCAAGCUAGUGGCCAAGGCAGUUGCUCUGCCCAUGACUGUGCGGGGUCAUUGGUUUCUGAGUCCCCGGACGGAGUACAGCGUGGCCGUGCAGACGGCCGUGAAGCAGAGUGACGGAGAGUACCUUGUGUCUGGAUGGAGCGAGACCAUUGAAUUCUGCACAGGAGACUAUGCGAAGGAGCAUUUGGCGCAGCUGCAGGAGAAAGCGGAACUCAUUGCAGGAAGGAUGCUCAGGUUCUCCGUCUUCUAUCGGAACCACACCAAGGAAUAUUUCCAGCAUGUCAGAAUUCACAGUGGGAAUGUCAUGAAGCCCUACCUGAAGGACAACAGCGGCAGCCACGGCUCUCCCACCAGCGGGAUGUUGCAUGGCAUCUUCUUCAGCUGCAACACCGAGUUCAACACAGGGCAGCCCCCGCAGGACUCCCCCUACGGCCGCUACCGCCUCCAGAUCCCUGCCCAGCGCCUCUUUGGCCCCAACACCAACCUCUACUUUGCGGACUUCUACUGCAUGUACACCGCCUACCACUAUGUCAUCCUGGUGCUGGCGCCCAAGGGGUCCCCCGGAGACAACUUCUGCCAGGAGCGCUUGCCCCAGCUGGACAUUACGGGCAACAAGUUCCUGACCUGCUGUGUGGAGGAGGGCGAGCUGGUCUACCGCCAUGCCCAGGACAUCAUCCUGGAGAUCAUCUACACCGAGCCUGUUGACCUCAGCCUAGGGGUGCUGGGGGAGAUCAGCGGCCAUCAGCUCAUGAGCCUUUCGACGGCCGACGCCAAGAAGGAUCCCAGCUGCAAGACGUGCAACAUCAGUGUUGGGCGCUAGAGACUGGAGGGGGUGGGGUGGAUUAGGGAGGGGAAGGGAGGGGAUACGAGAGAUCUCUGUGGACCAAAGGCCCCUGGCAGUGACGUGGCCGGCUGUGAGCUGCCGCCUCCCCAUUGCUAGAGAAGUGGGCCCCUCACUGCAUCCAUCUCUCUAGCCCUUGCAUGCUUCCAUAGAGCCACUGUAAAUAAGAUCCUGAGCUAGAGAGAGGUGGGUGGAGUCAGCUCUGCAGGGCCCUACUCUUCCAGCAAGAUAACCAGUGGGUCCACUUGUGAAAGGUCAGCCUAGAUUUCUUGGGUUCUCUCUAUAGGGAGAAAGACCGCUUGCCUUCUGUGCCCCUCACCCUGUUCAAACUCAAUGUGGGCAUUUCACUGCAGAUGCAGCAAACACUCUGGCCAGUGUGAUAAAGGAUCUGCCUUCUGAAA